UCAAUAAAGAUAUUUGCGUUCUGUGGUUGGGAUAGUUUGUUUAUAUAAAGAAAGGGCAAAUCUUUACUUUUAUCCCGACAAAACCGCAGCUAUUACAAAUUUCGUACAAUGGGAAGAAAAGUCACUGUGGCUUCUGCAACGUUAAAUCAAUGGGCAUUGGACUUUGAAGGAAAUCUUGAUAGAAUUUUGCAAUCAAUUCUUGAAGCUAAAGAAUUGGGGGCUACUUUUAGGACUGGCCCGGAACUUGAAAUAUGUGGCUAUAGUUGUGAAGAUCAUUUUUAUGAAAGCGACACAUACUUACAUUCCUGGGAAGUUUUAGCUGAACUGCUAGUUGCUCCUCUUUGUAAAGAUAUUUUGAUUGAUGUUGGAAUGCCUGUUAUGCAUAAAAAUGUUGCAUAUAAUUGCCGAGUGGUGUUUUUAAAUCAAAAGAUUUUACUGAUUAGACCAAAGAGAAUUCUAUGUGAUGAUGGAAAUUAUAGGGAGAGCAGAUGGUUCUCACGUUGGCAAAAGGACAGGAGAGUUGAUGAUUUUUAUUUGCCUCGAAUGAUAACCAGUAUAACUGGCCAAAAAACUGUUCCAAUUGGGGAUGCUGUUAUUUCUACUUUAGACACUUGCAUAGGUUUUGAAAUUUGUGAGGAAUUGUGGUGUUCGGAGAGUAGUCAUAUUCCUUUAGCAAUGGAUGGGGUUGAAAUAAUUUGCAAUGGGUCAGGUAGUCAUACCCAAUUGAGGAAAAAUUAUAUCCUGGCGGAUUUGGUGAAAAGUGCUACAAUGAAAUGCGGUGGUUGUUACAUUUUUAGUAACUUAAGAGGCUGUGAUGGAGAGAGAGUGUAUUUUGAGGGCACAUCGUCCAUCACUUUAAAUGGCGUAAUAUUGACUAAAACGAAGCAGUUCUCGCUUGAAGAAGUUGACGUUAUCACCGCGACUAUUGAUUUGGAAGAUAUUAGGUGCUACAGAAAUAGCAAAAGAUCUCAGGCGCAUUUAGCGCCUGCAAAUGAGUCUUAUCCAAGGAUUAAUGUCGAUUACUCGCUAUCUCCUGAGCAUGAUACCAGUCUUCCCACAGCCCAGCCAAUUCGAAUGGUGUAUCUGACCCCUGAGGAAGAAAUUUCGCAAGGACCUGCCUGUUGGUUAUGGGAUUAUCUGAGACGUUCCGGUCAGGGAGGUUUUUUUUUGCCAUUGAGCGGUGGAGUGGACUCCUCAAGUACUGCUCUAAUAGUACACUCCAUGUGCAGACUUAUUAUGGAGAUUGUUCAAAAGGGUGGAGAUCCCAAAGUUCUCGCCGAUUUAAGAAGAAUUACCGGCGAUCCCGAAUACUUGCCAAAAAACGCCCAAGAGCUCUGUAACCGAUUUCUAGUGACGUGUUACAUGGGUACAGAGAAUUCCUCGAAGGAAACCAAACAGAGGGCCGCAGCAUUGGCGGCCGCCAUCGGAAGCUACCACCUGCAUAUCGUCAUCGACAAGGCGGUAAACGCGUGUUUGGAAAUAUUCAGCACCGUCACGGGGCUGUUUCCGAAAUUCGCGGCUAACGGGGGCUGCGCCCGCCAAAACUUGGCCCUACAGAACAUCCAAGCGAGACUGAGGAUGGUUCUCAGUUAUCUGUUUGCGCAGCUAGUGCUUUGGGCGAGAGGCAGACCAGGAGGAUUAUUGGUGUUGGGGUCCGCUAACGUCGACGAAGCCCUAAGGGGCUACAUGACGAAGUACGACUGCUCGAGCGCUGAUAUCAACCCUAUUGGUGGCAUCUCAAAGACUGAUCUGAGGAAGUUUAUGACAUACGCGAAGGAAAAAUUCAACAUUCAUAUUAUCGGGGAGAUCGUGGCCGCCCCCCCGACCGCUGAACUAGAGCCAUUAGUGCAGGGCAAGCUGGCUCAGACGGACGAACAGGAUAUGGGCAUGACAUACCUGCAGUUGAGCCAGUUUGGGAGGCUAAGGAAAAUCGAAAAUUGCGGACCCUACUCGAUGUACUGUAAACUAGUGCAUACUUGGUCUGACUCUUGCACCCCCAAGCAGGUGGCUGAAAAAGUAAAACACUUUUUCAGUUGCUAGGUGAGCUACAGGUGAUGCCCUAACAGUCCUUGACGGAACAUGAAAGUUUAUAUAAAAACUGAAAUGAAAGGUACUGCUACAAUUCAACAGUAAGGGAACCUUAAACAUUAGCAAUAACUCACUCUGUGGCAGUUCCCUAGCCGGGUAGAAACAUCAAUUUCAUAAAGUAUGUAAAGAUAAAUCUUUAAAAAUACGUAGAUAAGUAAAUAAUAAUUUCACUUACCUUUCACUUUUUCAGAAUAAUUAGAAAAUAUUUUAUGAUCGGCAAAUUAUUUUGAAGAGGAAUUAGCUAGUUAAAGUUAAAAUUAUUAUUGAUAAAUGAAGCAAAGCUAGUAGGGUUUUGCUUAGUUGUACCGUUUUUCUUCGAAUAUCUUUGAAUGUUUAUUUCUCGGUUUACCUUGCGAUAGAUGUUACGCCAUUAAUAGGCACAAGAUGACGGUCCUAACUCCGUCUUACCACGCCGAAAACUACAGCCCGGACGACAACAGAUUCGAUUUGAGGCCGUUUUUGUACAGGGCAAACUGGUCGUGGCAGUUUAGAGCGAUAGAC